GGGGACAACAACUGUCCGCCAUCUUUGUCAGUGCUGCCAAGUAUUAUGGGAACGGACACAACAGUAAGUCAGGAUGGCUCUCAAUGUGCCCGGUCUGGCGGUGAUGGCAGUGUUCUACCUUCUAAUCUUGGGCACGGGCAUCUGGGCGUCCAUGCGUUCCAAAAAGGAGGAGAAGAAGUUCAAGGGAGAUGGAAUGGAGAUGACUCUAUUGGCCGGGCGUAGAAUCAACUUGCUCGUCGGCAUCUUCACUCUUACAGCUACAUGGGUUGGUGGAGGCUUCAUCCUUGGUAUAGCUGAGGCAACAUACAACCCAAACCUGGGCGCAGUGUGGGCCCUCAUGCCUGUGCCUUAUGUACUGACCUUCUUCUUAGGUGGCUUUUUCUUUGCCAAGCCCAUGAGAGAGAACAAGUAUGUCACAAUGAUGGACCCCUUCCAGCAGAAGUAUGGGAACACCCUGAGCGUUCUGCUAAUCAUUCCCGCACUAGUGGCUGAUGUCCUGUGGGUGGCGCGCACACUCGUCAGUCUGGGGGGAACUAUGAGCGUCAUCCUGGAUCUGUCCUACGUCUACUCCAUCAUCAUCUCCUCAGUGGUGGCCAUAAUAUACACUCUGCUGGGGGGGCUCUACUCUGUGGCUUACACAGACGUUAUCCAGCUCAUCCUCAUCUUUGUCAGCCUGUGGGUGUGUGUUCCUUUCCUGUUGACCAACCCUCACUCUCUGGACAUCUCACUGACGGCCUACAACCAGACCUUCCAGGCUCCCUGGGUCGGAACGGUGAAGCUCGACGAGGCCGGAAAGUGGUUUGACGACUUCAUGCUGCUGGCUCUGGGGGGCUUGGCCUACCAGGCGUUUUACCAAAGAAUCCUGUCAGCCUCAUCUUACACUCAGGCUCAAGUGACCUGCUUUGCCUCCUCUGCCUUCUGCCUGGUGCUGGGUAUACCCUCUGUGCUGGUGGGAGCUGUGGCUGCAUCUACAGACUGGAACUCAACCAGCUAUGGAUUGCCCACCCCAUAUGAGCGUGACCAGGCAGGCUCUAUCCUCCCUAUCGCCCUUCAGUACCUCACGCCUGCCUACAUCUCUGUCAUCGGCAUCGGAGCUGUCGCUGCAGCUGUCAUGUCCUCCAUGGACUCAGCUCUUCUGUCCUCCGCCUCAUUGUUGUCUUCAAAUAUUUACAAGAACAUCAUCAGGAAGCAGGCUUCAGACCGUGAGAUGCAGUGGGUGAUCCGUAUCUCAGUGGUGGUGGUGGGUAUAGCUGGCACCGGGCUUACCUUCCUGGACAGCAGCGUCCUGGUCUUCUGGCUCGUGGGUGUGGACAUGUCCUACACAAUCAUGUUCCCUCAGCUAGUCUGCAUCCUCUUCUUCAAGGUGUCUAACGGUUAUGGCGCCAGCGUGGGCUACAUGAUUGCAAUAAUCAUGAGGGUCCUGAGCGGCGAGCCCCUCAUUGGCCUGCCACCCGCAAUCAGGUUCCCCGGCAUUCGGCUCGAUGCCGAAGGAGUCUUGACCCAGUACUUUCCCUUCCGCACCACCAUCAUGGUCAUGUCACUUGUGUCCAUUCUGCUGUUCUCCUGGUUGGCGGCCAUCGUUUUCAACAAGGACCUAGUUCCCGAGAAAUGGGAUUUGUUUAAGAUCAAACGCAAGCAGAAACCUGCGGCCAAAGCCACAGACGACAAGAGGACCAGCUCGGAUAACGAAGAGGCCUCCACGGCAAAGCAGCUUCUGGACACCACCAGCCUCUAAGGAGGCUUGCAAAAAUGGAGGGAAGGUGGGCACCGGCCAGAGGCACACAUGUUUGUUUGUCUGGUAAGCAAGAAUUCACACAGGGAACCACGUCGAAGACGGGACAUUGAGUACAGACUCUUUACAGUAUCACAGUGAAUUUGUGACAAUGACAUUUACAUCAGUGGAGUGUGUGCUGAGCUCUCUGGUCCCUUUCCUAAUCCAUUAUCUCAUGGUCUUCUACGCAGAAGGCAGUCAAAACAGAAACCCUGGGUAUGUUACACUCGCACACGAGCUAUAACACAGAGCAAAGAUUUGAACGUAGAUAAAGGCCCAGGUAAAAUACCAUAUCAUCAUAAGCCCCUGUAAUAGAAGCAGUCCACACAUUGAAACCAAAGGCAAAUUCAACCAUAAAACCAUUUGUUUUUGUGUACCUCUCUCUGUGUGAUCCUCUGCAAAUGUUUUGACAAGCAAGACAGGGCUCUUUUUCAGACCAGAACAAAGGAAUGCUCCCCA